UCAAACUUUAAAUGUGAGGAGAUUUUUUGUUCACAUGUUGAAACACCAGAAAAUGGGAAGGUAGUCAAUGUUCCCACUUAUAGGGUGGGAACAUCAAUACAGUUUGAAUGCAAUGAAGGUUUUGACAUGGUGAGAUCUAGCAAUAAAAUGCUUUGUCGAAUAGAUGGGAAUUGGCUGCCACUAGAACCACCAGUAUGUAAUAUUAAAAUGUGUGGUGAAUUUGGAUCAAUUCAGUAUGGUGAAACAUUUCAAGAUAAUAGUUAUAUUAUAAGAAAUGGGUAUGGAAGCAUUGUUGAAGUAACAUGUGAUGAAGGCUACAUAGUAAAAGGAUCUCCAUAUGUAAAAUGUAAGGCAGAUGGGUAUUGGGGCGAAAAACCUACCUGCGAGUUAAGCACAUGCCCUCCUUACCCGGGCUUGAACUCUUCAUGCAUAAGAGAUGCAAAUCCUUUUGGACCUUACCUUUUCAUUAACUGUAGGGAUGAUGUGCCAGUAACCAAAACAGGGCCUCCUCAGGCAGAAUGUAUCAAUGGUGCAUGGGAUUACUUAAACUUGGCUUGCUAUUGCCACUGUCAUGUUGUGGCUGAUUUACAAACAGUGUCUUUGCAAAAUGUUGAAAAUGGCUACUUGGUGCAUGAUAAAACACUAGAAUGGAGCUGUAAGAACGGUUAUGAGAAAAAAAUGCCAAAUACAUUUCAUUGUUUUGAUGGAAAUCUGAUAAAGCCUGAAUGUGUUAUCAAAUACAAGCCUACAGUCGAACCCAGGCCUACAGUCCAACCCGAAACAACAACAUACAAACCACUGAAACCAGUCACUGAUGAAUUUGAAAGAACGAUCUAUCCUCAUUCAGAGACAAAAAGUCCAGAGUGCACGCCAAAUUACAUACAUCUUACAAUUAGUGACGACCUUCCGAAAGGCGACAACUCAACGAGAAUUAGUUUCUUCUGCAACAACUGGAUCAACAUUAGCGUGUAUUUUCGGUUAGACAUCACAUAUAACGAACACAGAUACUUUAUGAUAGAAAACGUGAAAUCUGGACAUUUAAACUACUUUGUAUUAACAAUAAAAAAUGCACCAAAUAUAAAUACUUGGAAUACACAUGUCAGUGUACUGGAAGAGCCGUACAAGAAUGUAACAGUAAAUAGAGUUCCAAUUAGAAUAGAUGUGAAAGAAGUGAAUGACCGACCAGCUAUUCUACCAGAUUACCUUACAACAGAAGUACCUGAAGAUGUACCAGUCGGUACAAUAGUAGCCAACCUCUCAAUAUCUGACCCGGAUGAUGGAAAAUUCGGAGAUUUACAGAUUGAAUUAAAAAGUUACACAGAUAUAGACGCAAAUAGAUUGUUUGAAGUAGAAAGAAUAUCAAAGGAUACAAUCCAAAUAAAGACAGCAUCAGUGCUGGAUGCGGAUAAAUUCCGGGACAGUGAGGAGACUUACAGUGAAAAUGAAAAUACACGCGGACCUACUUUCCUUUUUGAUGUUUUGGUAAGGGACGGCGGUGGUCUAAGUGCUAUUUCAGUUAUCAAUGUCACAGUCACAGACAUCGGUGAUAUCAAACCAGUUUGCAACAAUCCUACUUUAGACAACCAAACAUAUAUGACAAGAAAGGGUGAAACGGUUACUAGUUUAGACAAUUUUUGCCGUGCCCGAAACUACGUCAGUGCAGUAUUUUACUCCCAAGAGGUUACCUACGCUUUGAGUUCAGACAGCUGUAACCUGUUUAACAUCACUAAUAAUGGAUCGGUCCAGCUUCAAAAAAGAGUUCCCAACGAUAUCAAGGCUUGUUCUCUUACCGUUCAAGCUUUAGACAUAGUCUAUCCAACAUCAGUUACCACUUUUUCUUUAUCUAUUGAAUUUCGUAGAUGUUUAAGCGAUACUGAUUACAGGCAUAUCCAAUGGGAUACAGGAAUCCCAGGAGAGACAACUAUACAUAGUUGCCCGACUGGAUAUAGAGGUAAUGUAACAAGGUACUGUACCAAAACUGGAAUUUAUCAGGACCCCGUCUAUAACUGUACGAAAACUUCCAUUCAAAACAUUUACAAUAAGUUACUUGAUGCCAGAAAGACUGGUCGGGUAAAUAUAGUUGAUGUAUUGGAUGAACUAUCAAAUGAGACAUCAGACACGGACGAGAAUAAUACACUUUUGAUUGGCGAUAUAAAUGUCGCUGUUAAUACACUUUCACAAAUAGUUGAUGUGGUAACAGUCAACACAACAAACAUUGAAAAUGUAACAGACUCAUAUAUACAAACAAUCAACAAUAUCCUGGAUGAAAGUACAGCACAGACAUGGAAGGUGAACAUAAAUCAGACAGGUUCUGGGGCAGACGUUGUUUUGAAGACAACAGAUCGUUUUGUGGAGAAGAUCUUUACAACAUCUAAAAAUGUCAGUGCUGAGAUAUCAAAGUCGAAUUUAUAUUUAAAGAUGGCUUCUGUACAAUCCUGUAACGAAGCUCUUAACUUCCCUGAACACGGAAAAGAAGGUAUAUCUGAGUGGGCUAGAUCAAGGAAAGACGGGCUCGUAAUUGACUGUGACGGCACCGUUGAAUCGUUCAGUGGAAUUAUGUACAGAAAUUUAUCGCUGAUGAUAUCAUCAUCAACUAACAACACUAACAGUACUAUGUCCGAAGAUCUUGAACUGAAUGCUCCAGUGAUAUCAUUUACAUUCUAUCCCAACACUAAGCGCGAGCUUGUAAGCCCAGUGGAAAUUCGUUUUCAGUUAUAUAACAAUUCGUUGGAUAAUGCGAGAUGUUCCUUCUGGAAAGAGUCAGAAAGCGAAACGUCACAGGGUUACUGGUCUGAUGAGGGAUGUCGCCUGAAAAAAUAUGACAAGGACGAAGAAGUUGUUGUGUGCGUUUGCGACCAUCUUACUAAUUUUGCUGUGCUUAUGAGUCCAUCCACGAAACCGAUUGAGGAGGAACAUAAGGAGGCACUGUCAAUCAUUUCCAUGAUAGGAUGUAUAGUUUCCAUGAUAUGUCUAGUACUGAAUGUAGCUAUACAUGCAUUCUUCUGGAGGUUCAUUAAAUCGGUGAGGUACAUCAUUCAUAUGAACUUAUCCUGUUGGUUAAUUGUAGCUUAUAUUCUGUUUCUUGCUGGGAUAAACAGAACAGAAAACAAGGACGUUUGCACAGCAAUGGCGGUACUUCUCCACCUGGUGUUUUUGAUAGUUUUCUUCGGAAUGCUGACGGAGGGAUGUAACCUUUCAUAUACGGUUCUCAAACCACUAAGUACUAUAAAACCUGGGAUGCCACUAAUGAUAUCGUCUUAUGUCCUCGCAGUAAUUAUUGUGGUGAUAUCUAUGGGUGCAUCACAGCUACAGGGAUAUGGAACCGGACAGGCAUGCUGGUUAUCGACUGAAACUGGAUUGAUAUGGGCGUUUCUUGCUCCGGUUCUUGUUGUUAUACUGGUUAAUUUUAUAAUUGUUGUCUUAGUGAUUCGAACAAUGUGCGGCACUACAGCUAUGUCGAAGAAAUCAAACAAAGGACGGGCAAAAGCAGCAUUACGUUGCAUAUUGGUGCUCAUGCCGGUGAUGGGUCUGACUUGGGGAUUUGGUGUACUAUCUUUGAAUAGUGACACAAUUGUUUUCCAGUACAUAUUCGCUCUUCUUAACAGUUUUCAGGGACUGCUGAUCUUCAUAUUUCACUGCGUGAUGGACAAAAAGAUAAAAGAUGCGUUUUCAAAACAGAGACACAAGUGGCUUCAAUCGACGCAGAGUUUCGGACUUUCUGAAGGAAAGAAAAGCAAAACAUAAGACUCUUCCGUUUUGUGAAAGCCAAGAAGAAUCAGUUCAUCGAUGGAGUAUUUCAAAAUGUGAUUUGUCGGACAUUUUGGCCAAACAAAACUUGGCUAUAUCUAAAACAGCACUUUGUCAUUUAAAGCUUCCCGUGCAUCGUGAUCAACCGAUAACGUACUUCAAUAUUUGUACUUAGCUAACCACGGUUAUAUCACCGAUAUUUUAGAUUUUUGCAUUUUCAUAAAAUUCAAUCCACCGAUAUAGGAUUAAAUUGUAACUUUGUUGUCUCCAUAUUCACAACUAUCCGUGGAUCCAGCUAUGGAGAAUUUCAAAAAUCAGUGGGUCGGAUGUCUGCAUAGUUUUCAAUGGAUCAAUCGAUGUAGGUUUUUUUAAAAGACAAAUGUUGACAUCUAAACACACCUUUCAAUGAGUUUUCCAAACAAUGAUCUUCGGAUAUCUACUUCUUCACAAAUUUCAUUAGGUAUUCCAAACAUUGAUUCGUCGGACAUCUACUAAUUCACAACUGUCAAUGAGUAUUCCAAACAUUGAUCUGUCGGACAUCUACUUAUUCACAACUUUCAAUGAGUUUACCAAACAUUUAUCUAUCGGACAUCUUCUUAUUCACAACUUUCAUUGAGUAUUCUAAACAUUAAUCUGUUGGACAUCUACUUAUUCACAAUUUCCAAUGAGUAUUCAAAACAUUAAUCUGUCGGACAUCUAGUUAUUCACAACUUUCAUUGAGUAUUCUAAACAUUGGUCUGUAGGACAACUACUUUUUCACAACUUUUAAUGAGUAUUAAAAACUUUGAUCUGUCGGACGGCCGCAUAUUCUCCUUUCACAAAAUCGUGUGUACGUGAUAUCGCAAUUACGCUUGUUAGUGUAUUCAUUGGGGUGAAUGUUUCCUUUUUUAAUAUGUGGAUUUAAAUGAAACUGUGUUUUUGCAAAGAUAUGUACCCAUCGCCGCUGUGAUACAUUUUGGAUUUAAAUUUCUAUACGAGAAAUUUGUCAUAGUAUCUUGAUAGAUAUUGCUUGUCACUAACAGUUUGUAAUGCUAUAUUUGUUUAAGCACUGCAGUUUAUCAAUUACAUUUAUAGGCUUACUUUUUUUAAAGCUAUCAAAAACUAUAUAUGUAUAAUCUUAUUUGUAAAAAAAUUUUUUUGUUUUGUUUCAAAUCCUUUAAAAUAGAUGAGUAUUUAUAUAACAAAGUUGUGGCAGUUUCAAUACAACGUGAUUUUGAUAUUCACUGACAUUUUGCAUCAUUUGAGAAUUAAAAAAAACAAAACAACAACUCAAUUUAGAAACAAAAACAAACAAGGGUCAUUUGGAUUACAGAUAUAAAUAUAUUUGAUAGAUUGAUAAAAACCGAUGCUAUAAGAGCCACUGUUAUAACUCUACCAGUAUACAAUAUAUGUCUUUGAAACUUCACGAAGUGAUUGAUAUAUUGUUAACUUUUGUGAUAAAAUAUGACAAACAAGAAGGGGUGGCGUUCAAUGAAGUUUGUUUGAUACUAACAAUGCAUUGGUCUUUUGAGACAAAAGUUACAUUGCAUUUAUUCUAAACCAUCCCUCACAUAAUGAUUAUGUUAAUACAGAAAUUCUAAUCA